AUGGAGAACGAAUCAUCGCCUUCCCAUGUCUUGACAUCGGAAUACGCUGCUCUCUUGGCCGAGGAGUUUCACCGGAAUCCAGUAAUUAACGACGAGGCUGCUUUUGACUUGUAUCCAAAGCCUGCUCACCUGUCCCCUGAGACUCUUCCUGCUCGGCCACCCAUCGUCACUAUCAUGGGCCAUGUCGACCACGGCAAGACAACUCUCCUUGACACGCUUCGCUCUGCCUCUGUCGCCAAAGGCGAAGCAGGUGGAAUCACACAACACAUCGGUGCCUUUUCCGUACCCGUAGCGGGAUCCAAGGACGAGCGCACCAUCACCUUCCUCGAUACCCCAGGACACGCCGCCUUCUCGGCUAUGCGUGCGCGCGGUGCGAGUGUAACGGACAUCAUUGUCCUGGUAGUUGCUGCAGACGACGGCAUCAUGCCUCAGACGAAGGAGGUUAUCAACUUGAUCAAGCAGGACGAGGGCAAGACUCAAGUUGUCGUGGCUAUCAACAAGAUUGAUAAGCCUGAUGCCGACCCCGAAAGCGUUCACACUGCCCUUCUUGUCGAGGGCCUUCAAACUGAGGCCAUGGGCGGUGACAUCCCCUCCGUCGAAGUUUCCGGCCUCACAGGCAAAGGCCUCGACCAGCUCGUCGAGACACUCUCCGCGAUCGCCGAAAUGCAAGACAUACGCGCGGAGCGCGACGGCGACGUCCAGGGCUACGUCCUCGAGUCCAAGGUGCAGAAGGGGCUCGGCCCCGUCGCGACCGUGCUCGUCACGCGCGGCGCGCUCACGACCGGCUCGCACCUCAUCGCGGGCACGUCCUGGGCCAAGGUGCGCGCGAUGAGCGACAGCACCGGCGCGCAGCUCAAGGGGGCGUACCCGGGCAUGGCGGUCACCGUGUCUGGCUGGAAGGAGCUGCCGAGCGCGGGCGACGAGGUGCUUCAGGGCGCCGAGGGCGAGGUGAAGAAGGCGAUUGCGAACCGCGUGCGCAAGGCGGAGAUCGAGGCGAGUCUUGUUGAUCUCGAGGCGAUCAACGGUGCGCGUAUGCAGGAGCGCAUGAAGAAGGAUGAGGACGGCAGUGAGGAGGCGCCGGUACAGAAGGAGGAAGGCGAAAAGAAACAGCUGAAUUUGGUCAUCAAGGGCGACGUGAGCGGGAGUGUGGAGGCCCUGCAGGGUGUGUUGGAGGAGAUUGGGAACGACAAGGUUUCGGUCAAGGUCGUGUCGACCGGUGUCGGCGAGGUUUCGGAUUCGGACGUCCAAAUGGCCAAAGCGACUGGGGGUAUGAUCGUCGCUUUCUCCGUCAAGACGCCUCGACCGGUCGAGAAUGCAGCGGCCUCCGCACAAGUAGCUUUGUAUUCCACGAAUAUCAUCUACCGGGCCAUGGAAGAGGUCACGAACCGCGUUGUUGGUCUCCUCCCUACGACGACGGAGUUUAAAGUCCACAGCGAGGCCACCGUACUCCAGGUCUUCGACAUUGGUAUCAAGUCGAAAGUUACCAGGAAGGUCGCUGGCUGCAGGAUUACAAAUGGUGUUGUCAGCAAGUACACCAAAGCCAGACUCUUGCGAAAGGGCGAGGUCCUCUUUACUGGCUCGAUAGACACACUCAAGCAGCACAAAAACGACAUGACUGAGAUCAAGAAAGGCUCUGAAUGUGCUAUCGGUCUUGAAAACUUUGGAGACAUCCGCGAGGGCGACACCAUUGAAACUUACGAGGAGAUCGAAGUGCCUGGCGUACUAUAA